ACCUUCCUGCCCCCCUUGCCAGAUGGGCUCCCCAGGCCUGCCUCCGACUGGCCCCUGCACCAAGCCCUUGACUCUGUUUUGGCUCCUGGUGCUGACAUGGGCUGGGACUCUCUUGAGUCCGCAUAGUCCGCAGCUACUACCGCCGUUGUCAGUGGACAGUGGGGGACCCCUCCACGAGUUACCGCCCCCCGUUUCCAGCGGUGCUGCCCUGGGUCCCAUCUCCAGGGAAAGACACUGCUCUCGCCAGGCUGCACUUCCGACAACGGCCAGCAGAGGGCGAGGGGCGGCUCCGACGCGGGUCCAAGGGCAGCUUCCCCCCUCAACCAGGGCACCAGGACAAGGUGGCUGUAGCUCGGAUGGAAGCAGAUGGAGGGGGUGGGGAUGGCCUGUAAGCGGGGGGUGCCCACCUGGCAGGGAAGCCCCAGGGAUAGCAGUUGGACUUCAGGUCUUGGCCAAGGCUGAGGGACUCUGGCUGCAGCGGAUCAGGGUGCCAGGUGGGCGAGAGUUUGGCCUGCAUGUGCCUCCCGCAGACCCUGGGGUGAUGGCCUUCCUCAUCCUGGCCAGGACACUGCCCCACGUUGAGUCCCACACAACAACCUGUGAGCCUGGCUCCCCAGGAGGGCCCCCAAACAGCUCCCAGGCACGUCAUAGGCAAAGCCUGUCCCCCCGGACUCAGGAUUCUCAAGGUCUGGGGUCCUGCUCACCCCGCUUUCCUCUCAUGCCCAGCCUGACCCCAGAUUUCAGCUGGGAGAGGCCACUUCCCUCAGCCAAGGAAAACGAGAACCCCCAGGGUACAGGAGGAGGCUGGCGCAGGUGCCCUUGGAUGUCAUUCCUGUCCCCCUGCCCAGGCCCACUCCCGCUGGUGCUGGGGUACACACUGGUGGGGGCCCCCUGCUCAGCCCAGCCUGGAGGGCCCCAGUGCUACCAGAACCAGGGGCACGGCAACAUCAUGGAUGGGUUCGGCAGCCUAGGGCCCUGAUGGGGAGGCAGUGUGUGUGGUGCACAGGAACCUGAUGUGGGGUCCGUGUGUGGGGCGCAGGGACCCCUCAUGUCCAGGGCACUUUGGUACACUGUCCCACAAGGCACCUGUCUCAGAGGAGGGGUCCUGGCAGGCAGCGGGGCAACUCCCUUCCGGAACCCAGCUCCAUGCUAACCUGCCCACAGCAACCCCACUGAGCCACAUCCCCAGCUGCACCUGGCCUGCAGGGGUGUCCCAGGACAGGCCCAAGCCAGCCCAGCGUACAGCUGCCCUCCUACCCUGAGGAUGGGAGUGGGCUUUCCAGGAGACAUAAGGAUGCCAGGCCUGGAUCUCCUGGGCAGGAAAGGGAGCAGAUCCUGAGGGCCUGUGUCCCACAGCCCCAGCACCAGGUGGACUGCAGUGCAGUGGGUGGGCCAGUGGCAGCCGGGGAGAAGCCCCCCCGUCAGCAGGCUGGGGUCUGCCUUUGAGGGUGCCUGCCAUGCCCUAGGGAAUCCUGGCAUCUUUAGAGGGCUGGAAGCAGGAGACAGAACAGUGUCUGUCCCGGGGUGACUUCAUCAGGAGACUGCCCACAGAGCUGGACCCCGCAGCUAAAGCGGAAAUGUGAGACAGGCUGGCACCUCCAGAAAAACUGCCUCUCAGCCUUGGUGUUCCGUGCAAGGUGAAAAAAAAUAGGUCCUCCAAGUUUACAGCUUAAAAUUAGGCUAGUGUGUGGCCCUGGAGACCACGAGGGGAGAAUUUAAAGUAGCCCUGACUGGCAGGGUCUAGGUGGCUGGCAGAGGCACAUGCAGACCCUGCCGGGAGCCCGCCCUAAGGACACAGGGCGGGUCAGUCUCCUUGCAGGAUGUGAGCAGCGUCCCUGGGCUCUAUCCACGAGGUGCCAGUAGCGUGUGCAGGUAUAUACAUGUGCGUGCACACCGUUAUGACACCCGGAAAUGUCUCAGGACGUCUAAAUGUGUCCUUGGGGGCAGAAGCGUCCCCAUUUGAGAAUCUGCCCCAGAGGAACACCACCACACCAGGCCUCAGGAUUUUGUGUUGAUCAAGUUCCAAGGAAAAGGAACAUCUCAGCCGGGCAUGGUGGCUCACGCCUGGAAUGCCAGCACUUGAGGCCAGGAGUUCGAGACCAGCCUGGGCAACGCAGUGAGAGACCCCAUCUCUA